CUCUCCCCUUUCUCCUUCCCCUAUAGCAUCCCCCGUGCCCCCUGAAACUACCCCUUUGCCACCCAUUCUGGUUGUCUAACCCCCCCUCCUCCUGGUAGGCAACCUGCAUAUAGCGUGUUUUCAUAAAAAAUAAACAACGCCAAACAUUUUUGAGACAAAUUUGAGACCCACAGGAGAAAAAAACAUUUGGAUUUGAGACAAAUUUAGUGGGAAUAUUAUUAACCUGAAACACUCCCAGAAAGUCCCACACACUUCAGGCCAAGUACCAGUGCCCCACGAUCCCAACCCCUGUUGUAUAAAUACCCUUCCCUGUCUAUCAUGGCGAAAAGAAAAGCUUCCACAGGAUUGACGGCCGCGUCCAAGAGACAAUCAAAGGCCGUCAAUGCUGCGACUACCACUACCACUAAGACCACAUCCAAAAGAAGUCUAGAAUCAUUCUGUUCAUCUGUGUUAGACGAGGUUUCCGAAUUGAAGGAUGAAGACGAUGGACGGACUUUGAUCGAUCCAUUUGUCAAGCUCCCACUGAAGAAGUUGUAUCCAGACUACUACACCAUCAUCAAGCAGCCAAUCACAAUGACCGACAUCCAGAAGAAGAACUCCAGGGGCAAAUAUGCCACCUUGCGCGAGUUCGAGGCGGAUUUCGAGUUGUUGUAUAACAAUGCUGCCAAGUAUAAUGACCCAGAAAGUUGGUUGGUGACUGAUGCUCAAAGGGUUUUGGACACUGUGAGGGAAAAGGUGAGAGAAGCCGAGGAACAUGGCCAUUCAGAUGUUAAGGUGGAGGAGCAAGAAGAGGAGGAAAAUGUAGGAGAUGAAGAGGAGGAGGAAGUGGAAGAGGAGGCGGAGGAAGAGGAGGAAGAAGAAGAGGACAACGAUGACAUUGUAGACACUCCUGCACCUGUAGAAAUUGUCAAGAAAAGAGUUGGUAGAAAGAAGAAGGAGGAAACCACUUCCCAAGAGGCAACCACUGGUGCCCCACAACCAAUAACUUUCAAUUCAUUGGUGGCAACCACCACUGGAGUGCUUGAACGCGUGAGAGACUUUGAAUUCCCCGAGCUUGGCGUGUUGAGUGCACCUUUCCUUGAUGAUAUUGAUCGGGACGAGUACCCAGACUAUUUUGCCGUGAUUAAACUGCCCACUUCGAUCAAUCGAGUGUUGAACUCCGUCCAGAAGAAGAACUACUUCAACCCAAAGCGGUCCAUGCGUGAAAACUUGGAGACUUUUGAACGUGACGUCAAGUUGAUCUGGUCCAACGCCCAGAUCUAUAACGAUCCAAGUUCGUUGAUCCACCAGGAUUCACAGAAAUUGAACGACAAGUUUGAAGAGGAGAUGAAGAAAGUGUGGGACCGUUUGGAUGAAGAGAAAUUGAAGUUACGGAUCAAAAAGAAGGAGCCAAAAUUGGUUUUGAAAUUGGCUGCUGGAGAUAAAGAACGUAGGGGCCGCAAGAGAAAGGUUGUUGUACCACCAGCAGAGCUGGUUGAACUGACCGAAACAGUAAAGCCUGAAGAUCAUGAAGAUCCAAUGGAUCUUGACCAGGAGGCGGAAGACGGAGAGGGAGAUGAUGAGGAACAAGAAGGGGUUGAAUUGAAAGCCUCUGUGGGGGCCACUGGCACUUCCUUAAAGGCGGAAGUCUCAACAACUCUUAGUGGCCGCUCAUCACUCGUUUCCAGAAAUGAACCGGGGAAGACCGCCAACCCUGCUGACCUCUCUAAAAAGGACUCCUUCAUUCAACAGGUUUCCGUGUGUUCCUCAACCACGUACGUGCAUCAACUCCAAUCCAAUGGGGCUCUUCUGAACUCACAGCCAAUUGCAACCUUCACCGAAUUCCAACAGGCAAAGAAACUUCUCUUCCCAGCACAUCCCGUAGUGCCCAUGGCCACGCUUUUCGAGUACAAGUUCCCCACCGAAGGGUUCUCUAACCUGAAUUAUGCGGUCACCUUGCCGCAGGAUGGGAACGUCCCUGGGUCACUUGUCACCUUUAAAGUUUCGCUCCACGAGCUCUUCUACCAGUUGAAGAAGCCUGACUUGCUCAACAACCAAGGGUUCAUUCUGCUGACCCUGGACGAAGAAUUCCAAUGCCGUUUGUUUUUGAACGAUGAGGAGGUCAAUACCGGCGGUGAAGUCUAUGAAGAUCACCCUGUCGAUGACAGUGAGGGAAGUGAGAGCGGAGAGACCGCCACCCCAGCCACCGGCGAAGACCCACUUCUCAACUUCCAAUACGAAUUGAAGUUGAGCCACGGACUCAACGUCUUGAGCUUCGAAAUCAAGGUGGCCCCCAGCUUGAGCAAGAAGUUGAAGCGCGACGACAAGAGCAACGCCGGCGAAGAGGAGGUUGGCCGUCACACGCGCCAUCAACUCCAACAAAUCAAAAUGUCUUGGGAUGUGGAGAAGGUCAACAUUCUCAUCAACAACAAUGUAUACUAAGCGCGGGGACCCGUGACCGCUACGUCCCCCCUAGCCCCAUGGGGAAGGGAGGAGUUAGUACCGCCCUACGCGGCAAGCGAGCCGCUCCGCUGGCACUCCGUGGGCCACUCACCGUGGAGGCCUUGUUGCUCUGACGAGGAAUGACUAGCACGGUGGAUGGAAGAUAUGUCGAGGGACGUGUGACGCUAGGACCUACGGAAACCGGAGUCUAUUGUAUAUAUCCCACAGGACACGUUGCUGAUUCUAGACCAAGUCCACCGUGCUCGCUGGUGGAAGCCUCGCUGACAGGAAUACCUCGCUGACUCUCCAGCAGGAACUAAAAGAAAAGAAAUAUAUUAGAUUAAUUUGAA